ACCAAGGCCCUCUGCAUGGAUCCAGGGAAUCAUGCAUGACCCCUAGGGGGCUUCACAAGUGUUCACAGAGGAAGAGCGCUCUCUCGCCAUGGAGCCGAGUAAGAAGAUGGACCCUUCCGGCCCGCUGCAGACCAACCCGUCGCUUAAGCUGCACCCGGACCGCGGCGCGGGCGCCCCAGUGCUCGUCCCCGAGCAAGGAGGGUACAAGGAGAAGUUCGUGAAGACCGUGGAGGACAAGUACAAGUGCGAGAAGUGCCAGCUGGUGCUGUGCAACCCCAAGCAGACCGAGUGUGGGCACCGCUUCUGCGACAGCUGCAUGGCCAUCGUGCUGGGCUCCGCCAACCCGAAGUGCACCGCGUGUCAGGAGAGCAUCGCUAAAGACAAGGUGUUCAAGGAUAACUGCUGCAAGCGGGAGAUCCUGGCCCUCCAGAUCCACUGCCGGAACGACGGCCGCGGCUGUGCCGAGCAGCUAGCCCUGGGACAGCUGCUGGUGCAUUUGAGGAACGACUGCCAGUUUGAAGAACUCCCGUGUGAGCGUGCUGACUGCAAAGAAAGGGUCUUGAGGAAAGACCUGCGCGAUCACGUGGAAAAGGCCUGUAAAUACCGCGAGGCCACGUGCAGCCACUGCAAAAGCCAAGUCCCGAUGAUCACGCUGCAGAAACACGAAGACACUGACUGUCCCUGCGUCGUGGUGUCCUGCCCGCACAAGUGCAGGGUCCAGACCCUCCUGAGGAGCGAGUUGAGUGCCCACUUGUCAGAGUGUGUCAAUGCCCCCAGCACCUGUAGUUUUAAGCGCUAUGGCUGCGUUUUUCAGGGGACGAACCAGCAGAUCAAGGCGCACGAGGCCAGCUCCGCGGUGCAGCACGUGAACCUGCUGAAGGAGUGGAGCAGCUCCCUGGAGAAGAAGGUUUCCUUGCUGCAGAAUGAAAGUGUGGAGAAAAACAAGAGCAUACAAAGCUUACACAAUCAGAUAUGCAGCUUUGAAAUUGAAAUCGAGAGACAAAAGGAAAUGCUGCGAAAUAAUGAAUCCAAAAUACUGCACUUACAGCGAGUCAUCGACAGCCAAGCAGAGAAACUGAAAGAGCUCGACAAGGAGAUCCGCCCCUUCCGGCAGAACUGGGAGGAAGCAGACAGCAUGAAGAGCAGCGUGGAGUCCCUGCAGAACCGCGUCACCGAGCUGGAGAGCGUGGACAAAAGCUCAGGGCAGGCGGCCCGCAACACAGGCCUGCUGGAGUCCCAGCUGAGCCGGCACGACCAGAUGCUGAGCGUCCACGACAUCCGCCUGGCCGACAUGGACCUGCGCUUCCAGGUGCUGGAGACCGCCAGCUACAACGGCGUGCUCAUCUGGAAGAUCCGGGACUACAAGCGGCGGAAGCAGGAGGCCGUCAUGGGGAAGACGCUGUCCCUGUACAGCCAGCCCUUCUACACCGGCUACUUCGGCUACAAGAUGUGCGCCCGGGUCUACCUGAACGGCGACGGCAUGGGCAAGGGCACGCACCUGUCGCUCUUCUUCGUCAUCAUGCGCGGAGAGUACGACGCUCUGCUGCCCUGGCCCUUCAAGCAGAAGGUGACGCUCAUGCUCAUGGACCAGGGCUCCUCACGGCGCCACUUGGGGGAUGCGUUCAAGCCGGACCCCAACAGCAGCAGCUUCAAGAAGCCCACCGGGGAGAUGAACAUCGCCUCCGGCUGCCCGGUCUUCGUGGCACAGACUGUGCUGGAGAACGGGACGUAUAUCAAAGAUGACACCAUUUUUAUCAAAGUCAUAGUGGACACUUCGGAUCUGCCUGACCCCUGACAGCCGCGGGGGCGGAUUGAGCAGAAGGCACCUCCUCGGGGGUUGGAGCCACUGUCUCCACCGGAGUCCUCACGCUCAGUGAGGACCUUGUGGAGCGGCCAGUGCAGGAGGCGGCUGCGGCCGGCGGGAGGAGCCAGCCGGGGACGCUUUCCAUAGACUAGCAACACUUCACGGAAGACUUCUGUAUCCUGCGGCGAGGAACGCUGCUGUCGGAGAAGGUUCCAUUUCCAUUUUUAAAGGUCUCAUUCAUUAAGGUGGAAAACUCAUAGGCUAAGAAAAGAAAACCACGUGUUCUUCCUGAAACUUGAACACACAAAGACACACCCACCACAUGCAUACACACCUGGGCUAGCUGGACAUGUCAGCAUGUUAAGUAAAAGAAGAGUUUAUGAAAUAAUAAUGCAGUUCUGAUAUAUUCGUUCUAAACCUCAAGAGUGCAAUCUUGUUUCAAAUACAGCAUAUUGUCUAUUUUUAAGGCCUCA